CGAAACGAAACUCCGACAAUGUAUCGUUCUGCUUAUCAGAAAGGGUUUCUAACAAUCCUCUACAGCGUGGGCAGCUCACCUCUGCAGCAGUGGUCUUCUUAUACCAAAAAUGGUUACAUUAAGCGGAUAUACGAUGAUGAUAUCAAGUCUCUGGUGCUGGAGAUAAUUGGUUCCAAUGUGUCGACCGCAUUCAUCCACUGCCCCAGUGAGUGCAAGGAGCAGCUCGGCAUCAAGCUGCCGUUUUUGGUGCUUCUGAUAAAGAACAUGCAUAAAUAUUUUUGCUUCGAAGUUAAGAUUCAAGAUGAUCAGCGUUUCAUGCGCCGCUUUCGCGUAUCGAAUUUCCAGAGCAAGACUUCUGUCAAGCCGUUCUGCACUGCCAUGCCAAUGGGCAUGUCGCCUGGCUGGAACCAGAUUCAGUUCAAUCUCGCUGAUUUCACACGGCGCGCCUACGGCUCGAACUAUCUGGAGACCGUAUCGCUGCAGAUACAUGCCAAUGUGCGCAUUCGCCGCGUCUACUUUGCUGACAAGCUCUACACGGAAGCAGAGCUUCCCAAUGAUUACCGCUUGAUGGGCAAGCCCAAGGAUUUGAAGAAGCCGGAGAAGCAGUUUAAGGUGCCUCCUACUGCUCGUCCUCCAUCGCCUCUGAAUACGGCGCGUGGUGAAGGACCGGUUAAGGCACCUCAGCCAGAGGCGCCGGUUCAGGAAUCGGAGCCGGAGGCUGCUCCGGAGUUGAAGAAGGCACCGUCGCCUACCGUCUCCGUGGGCGUGGUCUCAGCUGCUCCGGAGCCCGCAGCCGAGGAGCCCCCUACACAGACCGAGGCCACUGAGGAGGCCUACUACUAGAAUUAUAUCUAUGUUUAUAUGUUCAUUGUUAAUUUAGUUAAA